UCGUAGCAUGGUUCCAAAAAAGAAGAACAUGUACAGAUAUGUUACACCGACCAAAAUUAUCUACUCACAUUCUGUGCGCGGCAGUAAUUUUUUGGAGGUGGUUUUGGGGUUAAUUUUUAGACUCAAAAUAUGGCCCUGAAUCCGCAAUACGAAGCCAUAGGCAAGGGAUUUGUACAGCAAUAUUAUGCCCUAUUUGAUGAUCCCAUGCAAAGGCAAAAUCUUGCAAAUAUGUACAAUAGCGACUUGUCUUUUAUGACUUUCGAAGGGGUACAAAUUCAAGGAGCCCCAAAAAUUAUGGAGAAAUUGAAUAGUUUGACUUUUCAAAAAAUUAAUAGAAUAAUAACAGCAGUAGACUCUCAGCCCAUGUUUGAUGGCGGUGUUUUAAUAAAUGUUUUAGGAAGAUUGCAGACUGAUGACGAUCUUCCUCAUGCCUAUGUGCAAACAUUCGUUUUAAAACCUAUAGAGGGAAGCUUUUUUGUGCAACAUGAUAUUUUCCGACUGGUGCUCCAUGAUACAAUUUAGCUGUUUGGCAGCCGACGAAGAUCCACCUCAUGCUUUUUCUCAAAUAUUUGUGUUAAAACCUCUAGGUACAACAUUUUUCGUUCAACAUGAUAUUUUCCGAUUGGGCAUCCAUAAUACAGCUUAAGUUCAAAAGUGAGUUAACUUUUCUCCUCAACAUUAAAAAUUGUUUGUUUAUCUCUCAACUUAUUGCUAAUGUAAUAAUUCAUUCAUUAUAAAUAAAGACUAUUUUCCAGAAA